AUGAACAAACAAAAUGAUUCAGCCAUACCAGAUUACACUUCUUUUCAUCGGGAAAUUAAUAAUACUUCUUCGCCGAUUAAUCAUGAUGAAGAACAACAAAGCAUAUCAUCAGCAUCAUCAUCGUCAUCGAAAGAAAUCCAACAGAUUGAAACUAUUCUCAAUGACUAUACAGCACCACCACCGCCACCGCCACCACGAAAACGUAAAUUGGACUGUUAUCCAAGUACUGAUGAAGAUGUCGAUGACUUGAACGUUGAUUCAUCGGAAGAUGUCGAUCAAUCAGCACCAACCAUUCAAACGUACCGCGAUCGGCUAAAUGCACGCUUACAAACUGAAAUCAAUUCAAAUCAGCCACGAGUCAUCUCUGCUGAGUAUUCUCAAAUCACAAUCGAUUCCGGAGUUGAUAUUAUCAGUGAACAAAAAGUUUCCCAGCCGAAAAUCGACGAACAACACUCCGAAGAAACCACAAAUCAAAACGAUCUUUUUGCUUUAUCCGAUGAUUCAUUACUCGAUAUCGAACCUACACAUCCACAUAGUUUAUUACUAAAGACUCCAGCGAUCACACAGGAACAAUUGUUAUCAUUAGCUGAAGAGAGUGAUGAAUAUAAAAGUUUUCUCACGGCAAUCACAGAUUCCCAUUUAUGCAGCAAGAACGAUCGUGGCCCGUCGAACACGAGCGAGCAAUACUAUUCAGCUGAGAGUGAUUUCAAUACGUCAUUAGUCAAUGCGAAUCAAGAUUUACAACGUAGUCUUGAAGUUGACAAUGUGAUUAACGAAGAGAAGGGGAGUGAAAAUAAGGAUCAAUCAAACGAACCUUGUCGAUCGCCGUCGCCACGAUAUGAUGUGAAAUUACCGACAUUCAGUGACUGGAUUGAUCAUAUUUUUACAACAUUUCUCGCUGAAACCAAUCAACAUUCAACGUCAACAAGUCGGUCAUCAUCAAUUAUCUCAAAUCAAGCCUCGCAAAACACAUUCGAUAACUCAGCAUCUCAAGCUUUGACCGUCGUUGAAAGUUCGACGAAAACACAACAAUUAUCGGCAAUAACACAAGAUAUUGAUACACACGAAGAAAAUAAUCCAUCGCCUGUUUCAUAUCAUCGAUCACAAUCAUGGCCACAUGAUGAAAAACGACAACAAGAACAUAAUGAGCAAAUUCUCAAAGACGUGUCGAGUUCAAGUUUGAACAAUGAAAACAUGGAAUCAAGUUCAUCUUCAAUUGCAGAUAAUUACGAAGCUAUGAAGAUUAGCGAUGAACAAGAGGAACAUAGAACUUCACAAUCAUUACUAUUGCCAUUGAAUGUGAAUGGGGAUGAUAAUGAAGGUGAGUUUUUAUUAUACUAG